AGGCUACGCUGGACUGAAGUGUUGUCGAGUUCACUGCGCAUCUCAGGAGUGAAUUAUUUCUUGCACUGGUUUUACUCGGCGCAAACUGUGAAGAGGGGGAGAAAAGAGCUGAGUUUGCUUUAUAGUGAAUCAGAGGACCAAGGAGAGAGGGAGAGAAAAGCAAGUACACUGCUCUCCCUCUGUGUGCAUAACUGGGCAGCAUGGUGCAGAAAAUGAGCCACACAGAGAGCACCACCGAGGCGCUGUCCUUUUUCGCCGGGGAUUCGAGCUCCGACUCCGGGGCAUGCAUGGAUCUCGAAACGGCAGCUUCGCCUCUCUCCCCGGGCUCUACUGCUUCUUCGACCGCCGGCGACAAGUUGGGAGACAAUCCGGCAUGGUGUAAAACUCCCAGCGGCCACAUCAAGAGACCCAUGAACGCAUUCAUGGUGUGGUCCCAGAUAGAGAGGAGAAAGAUCAUGGAGCAGUCUCCGGACAUGCACAACGCUGAGAUCUCAAAAAGGCUGGGGAAGCGGUGGAAGCUGCUCAGAGACAGCGACAAGAUCCCCUUCAUCAGAGAGGCGGAGCGGCUCAGACUCAAGCACAUGGCGGACUAUCCCGACUACAAGUACCGGCCAAGAAAGAAGGUAAAAUCGAGCGCAUCCAAGCCCAGCGCAGACAAGGGAGAAAAACUUAACAGUAGCUCUAAUAACACCAGCACUAAGACAUCCUCAUCUUCGAGGAAGAACGGAUCCAAAUCACCCAGCAGCAGCAAACCCCACAAAUCACUUUUCGGGAGCAGCAGCAAUAGCACCAAAGCAUCACUGUUUGCCUCUGAGAACCCAGCAGAGCACCACCCCAACUCUCUCUACAAGUCCAAGUCUAUCUCCUCAGUAGCCAAGCAAAUACCGGAAGGCAAGAAGCCCAGGCGAGUAUACGUCUUGGGGAGCAGCGGGGGCCAGCUUAGCGUCAGCCCGGCGUCCUCCGUCGUGGUCCCCGCCAGCCCGACGCUCAGCAGCUCGGCGGACUCCAGCGACCCGCUCAGCCUGUAUGAGGACGCGGCCAGCGGCAGAGAGGAGGGUGCCGACUCCCCCGGCAGCAGCGGCAGCUUGGGCGGGUCUUCGGAGCGCCACGGUGGACACACAUACAGCAGUCGGCGGGCUUCCUCACCUACCCCCUCCGGCUCUCCCUCCUCUGCCUCGUCCCAGUCCUCUUCGUCUUCGGAGGAUGAAGAGUUUGAGGACGACUUGCUCGACAUUAACCCAAGCCCUAGCUUUGAUAGCAUGUCACUGGGGAGCUUUGGCUCCUCGGUGCUGGACAGGGACUGGGAUUUGAACUUUGAGUCCGGUUCCGGAGGGUCCCACUUCGAAUUCCCCGACUACUGCACACCAGAAGUCAGCGAGAUGAUCUCCGGAGAUUGGCUGGAGUCCACCAUUUCCAACCUGGUGUUCACGUACUGAGAAAAGCAAGAAACGUCAGGUAAUAUCCUGCCAGCAAAAAUAAUAAUAAAACGAGACCACAAACAGAAACAGGGACUCCUGCCUCAGUGGGCGCAAUAGUUUGUGUUAUAGGUUAACUACAUCAGACUAUUAAAACCCCACUGAAACUAGUCCCCGUCCCUUCUUGCCCAAAGAGGCAAGAGCUGCAAAUCCUUGGAGAGCUAAACUUUAAAGCGAAUAACUGCUUUUUGUAGGUUACUUUUCUUUGGAUGCGUCGACUGUGGGACUUAGUACAAACACGAAAGUGAAGGGAGUGGAAAAAAAAAUGAGAAGAGAAAUGGAAGAGACUGAAACGCUCAGUCCUGGACUGUUUUGAACUGAACAACUUUACUGUGAUUGAUUUGCACGUCAUGCGGUCCGCCGUUCACUUAAUCAAUGUUGUUGGCGAUUUAACAAAAGAGAGAGGGAGGAAAAAAAGACAUUUCACAACUUUUUACCAAUCGCCAGGUGAACUUCACCACUAAAAAGGUACAGAAAUGGGACUGCCGUGCGACAUUUUUGUUGUGGUGUGUCACUAAGAGGGAUUUUUUUUUUUUUUUAAAGUGAAACCAAGGUGGGUUGGAGUUUUUUUAAGUCGACUAUUUUCUCAAAAGGAAAAAAAAAAAAAGCAAACAAAAAACAAAAACAGACAAAAAAAAAAAAAAAAGGUUAAGCAUGAUAGCCUACUUUGUUCCUAUCUUGUGCUGAGAUUUUCUGUGAGACUGUCGAGCAGUUUAAAAACUAGUAUUAGGGUUAUUUAAAUGGAUAGGUGGCGCUCGCUUCGGUUCUUCUCUUUAAAAGAAAGGAAAAAAAAAA